CUACUUACUCACAUCACAUUACUCACUGUUUCAGUUCCUGUUCCUAUCGAAACCCUCAUACGCAAAACCCAAACCCCUCUCUUCUGUUUCCCUCCCAUCGCGCCCCUUUUUUCUCCCCUUUCGACUUGGCUACACACUCUCCAGUCUCCACCAGUUUUUUUUUAGGGUUUAGAUUGUAAACAAAAAGGAUGAGUGGAGCAGAGAAAGGUUCGGGAACCACGAAAACACCAGCUGAUUUCCUCAAAUCCAUUCGUGGUAGGCCAGUUGUUGUUAAGCUCAACUCUGGUGUCGACUAUCGAGGUAUCUUAGCUUGUCUAGAUGGCUAUAUGAAUAUUGCAAUGGAACAAACUGAGGAGUAUGUUAAUGGACAACUCAAGAACAAGUACGGUGAUGCAUUCAUUCGUGGGAAUAAUGUUUUGUACAUCAGUACCUCAAAGAGGACUCUAGCAGACGGGGCUUAGAAAUACAGGAAUCCAAAUACAUGCUGGUUUGAACUUUGAAAGACUCUUGUAACUUUUUGUAUUUUGUGUUGGUGAAGCUUUUUUAAUUCAUGUUUUUCAUGGUAAUUGAGUUGCUAUGGUUAUAUAUUAAGGCAAAACAGUUCAACCGGUUUGUAAAAUACUUGCUGGGAUCUCUUGGCAGAAUAUUUUAGCUUGGUUUGAAAUUUUAAAAUAUUAAUAUUAAAUGUUAUUACUUC